UCUCUCUGAUGCCAGAUCUUGAAGCUUCCUUACCCCUUCUCUCUCUCUUUAGGCCUGAUUUGAAGUUUUGAGGUUCCAUUUUUGCGUUUACCUUGUCAGUUUGAGCCUUCAAGGCUGUAGAAAACAACGAAGUUUCCCUGAUACUCUUCAUUGAUUUGAGCAAUUAGGAAACUCAGGCGCUGAUUCUGGGCGUUUUUUGGACUCCCUUUCUAUCUUCCUUGGAACAUGUGAAAGACAGCUUUGUUUAACUUUGUUUUUUUUGACUUUCUUAGCUAGUCCUCAGCUGUUUUCUCCCCCUCAUUCCUGCCAAAUUCUCAGAAUUUGAGGCUACAAAGAGGUGGUGGAGAACGAACACCAUGUGCUCGGAAACAAGCUCGCCGAGAAUAUCGUUUUCACACAAUCUCCCUGGCGAUGACAGCCUGCUGAUCGAUCAGCACGGGCGACGGGACUUAACAUUGUUGGAUUCAAAUCUAGACUUUGAGUUCAAUAUCAGCAUUCAACAUGAAUCUUCCUCUGCAGAUGAGCUGUUUAGCAAUGGAGUCAUUGUUCCUUUCAAAAUUGAAUCUCAUAAACAAUCUCAUCCUUUUGAGCCUCCACUCACAGCGUCACUACCUCCUCUUCCUCCCACAGAGAAUUCAAAGCAGACAUUGGUGGUGAAUUCAACUUCAUCAGGUCAGUUAGAACAGAGAGGUUCAGAGUCCAAAUCCUUUUGGGGAUUCAAAAGAAGUAGCAGCCUCAACUUUGAAAGUAAAAGAGCAUCUCUUUGUCCACUCCCACUUUUGUCACGCAGCAACUCAACUGGGUCAGUGCCAAAUUCAAAGUCCAAAAAGUGUAAACACUCACAAAAGCAAAUUUCUCAGAAACAGUACUCGACAUCGAACAGAAAGUUGUCGUCAACGUCGCUGCCACUGUCGUCGUUGAAUCAAUAUCCAACAAAUCUAAAGCCUCAGGUGUGCAGGAAUCCAGGAGGGGCUUAUGGCAAGUAUCAUUGCAUUGGCCCUGUGUUGAAUGUCCCUCCAAAGUUCUUUGGUUUGGGAUCAAUUCUUGGAUGUGGGAAAGAUAGAAAGAGUAAGAAAUGAUUUGUUCAUCGUUUCCUUGUCUUUUUCAGUUCAAUCCGUGGCUUGCUUUGUCAUUAGACGUAUUUUAAAAAUCGUAAAUAGAUAAUAUUUAUUAGUAACAGCUUAACAAUUACAAUUUUGAUGUAUGGUUGUGCAAUUUUCAUUUAUGAUUGUGCUGAUGUAUUAACUCAAUAUAAAUAUAUUGCUUGGAUUGAUAUUCACCUCUUUGUCUAAUUGAUAGCUAAUUUGAUUAAAAAAAUUGAAUUAUUUGAUAUUUAAGAACUAAAAGAUUGGAGGUUAACUAUCAAUAUAUAAUUUUAUUUUUAAAAAUUUGGGUUUGAAGAAUUAUUAAUUUGGUUAAAUGGAUAAAAUUAAAACCCUAAGAACAAGUUUUGGAAAUUAUUCAUCUUUUUGCAGUAAAUCUUUAAACUCGAGAUAGUUUUUGGGGAAAAUCGUGUUUCAUUCCGUUUCGUUUUUAAUUCGCUUCUUGCCAUGGAUGGUAAUGGCGACGAUCCUUUUGAUUCACUCACCAAACUCUGCGUCCUCUCUGACUCCCAAGAGGACAUUUUACGUCGCUGCUCUUUCGCCGGCAACCCCGAAUCCGUCGAUGGCUCUUGUUCUACCUACUCCCAAAUCCAUCAGCUUCUUCAGCCCACUGGUCUUUUCAUGGCUUCUCUUCCGGAGAGUUUGGAACGGAGAGAGCAAAUCACCUCUCAUAAUGCUUACCAGGCUCCACCGGAACAGUCCGGAGGGCAGCGGCCCAUGGCUGAAGAUGAUCCUUCUCUUCAAGAUGCGGCGGUGGUCGCUGGCGGUGCUGAGGCGGCUGUUGAAGGCGGAUGUGUGCGCGAUGUUGCCACUGCAGUUGAUUUGGGGAAAAACGAUGACCUAGGGUUUCGUUUGGAAGUUCAAUCGACACAACAGAUUGAUGAAAUCGAAAUUAUUGGUGUUCGUAGGAGAAAGGUUUCGGAGUCUGAUGCUGGUGGAGAGCGUGAAUCGGCAUCGAAAAGGUUGAAUUUUUCGAAUGAAGCUUUGGGCACAGACUCUUCCGUCCCAAUCGUAGUAGAAAAAUUACCAGUCGAUCUCGAGUCCGGUGGAGGAUCGAAACUCGUAGAUCACAAUGUCGAAAUGGCUGAGGAAUCGGCAACCGUCGCUGUAGAAUCCGGCAAGGUAGACGAUGGAAAGGUCUCCAAUGGCGAAGAAACUCACUGUAAUAAGAACAAGGAAAAAUUUGCAGAGAACAGAGUCGAAAAUUCCCAACCCGAUGAACCGUGCAACUACGAAGGAACAAUGUAUCGCGAUCGAUGGAGGUGCGUUCUGCCAUCAACAAUGAAUGGAUCGAAGAAUUCGGAGGAGACUGAUGCAACGCUCCCAUCCAUUAUUAUGGAAAUUUUAAAGCUUCUGGCAGAAGAGGAAGGUGAAGAAGACAAGGAAUUGGCAAGUAUGAGCAUAUUGGAAGUCGUAUCCCGCCGUGGAAUGACAUUUCCUCGGCCAUGUUGGUGGCCGGAGGGGCAGGAAUUCAGCUUCAAGAAGAAAAGUUGAAGGUAAUCUAAUCAUCAGUAUUAGCAGUUGGAAGAAGAAUUUCUUUUGGAAAUGACCAAUUCUGGAAUCGAGAAACGUAUUUAGAUUUUGGGUUGCUUAAAUGUAUGAAUUCACAGCAUUAAUGUGUUCUUGAGAAGCUCGGAGUAGUUGAAGCCUCUUCUUCAUCCAAA